GAUCCAAAAGACACUCCCCCUCCAACAAGAGUAGAAACAAAAGAAGAACGUCUUGAACGAAAGAGAAAAGAAAAAAAUGAAGAAAUUGCCCAGAGGAUACAAGAAGAAUGUGGAUCAUGGGAUCCAAAUGCUAAUCCUAGAUUUGGAGAUGCUUUUAAGACUUUAUUUGUUGCAAGAAUUAAUUAUGAUACAUCAGAGUCAAAAUUAAGGAGAGAAUUUGAAUCGUAUGGUCCUAUAAAUUCUAUACGUAUGGUACAGAGCGUUGAAACUGGUAAACCUAGAGGCUAUGCCUUUAUUGAAUAUGAACAUGAAAGAGACAUGCAUUCGGCUUAUAAAUAUGCUGAUGGAAAGAAGAUUGAUGGAAGAAGAGUCCUGGUUGAUGUGGAAAGAGCAAGGACAGUUAAAGGUUGGCUGCCAAGACGCUUAGGUGGUGGUUUAGGAAGUACUCGUAAAGGUGGCGCCGAUGUUAACAUAAGGCAUUCUGGCAGGGAAGAUAUGAUGGUUGGUGGCUACAGAGAUCGUGAUGAUGACCGUGGUGGUGGUAGAGACAGAAGAAGUUUGUCUGAUCGCAGAGAUCGUGGGGAUAGAGGGGACCGCCCUGACCGCCCUGACAGGGUUGACCGCCCUGACAGGGGUGAACGCACAGACAGGAGUGAGCGUCUAGACAGGGGCGAGCGCAGGAGAAGUAGAAGCCGUAGUAGGGAUAGGCGGCGUGAUAGAGAUAAGAGUCGACGCGAUGGAGAACGAGAGGGCAGAAAGCAUAGGGAUAGAGAUAGGAGAGAUAGAGACAGAGGAGACAGGGAUAGAGACAGGGGAGAUAGGGAUAGAGACAGAGAUAGAGGAGAUAGAGAGCGAGGGGAUAGAGAUAGAGAGCGAGACAGGGGGACCCGGGAUAGAAACCGGGAUAGGGACAGAGAAAGGGAUAGAGAUCGAAAUAGGGAUAAAGAUCGAGGUAGGGAUCAUGAUAGAGAAAUUGAAAGAAGUGACCGGGAUCAAAGCCAAGAUAAUGGAAGUGAUAUUGCCCCAUCUAUGGAAGAAUACAAUGGCCAGAUGAUCAAAGAACCAACGAGUGAAGAAGAAAAAAUGUUCAAUCAUAAGGAAUCAGUACCAUUGCCACCACCACUGCCACCAUCAACACCCCCACCACCACAUAAACAGGAAGAUUACAUGGAGCAGGAUAUACCUGAUGCAGAAAUGGAGAGCCAAUGAAAUCAAUGAAGCAAGAUAUUAAUUGUUCCAGUAAUGCACUUAGUCCAGAAAUUUUCAAAAUAUUCAUUUGUAAAAUAUUCCUAUCGACUAUUUUAAACUUACAUAUUAGUGCAAGUGGUUUGUAUGAAAUUCAGUUAUAUUCUGCAGUUGGUACUAAUAACUGAUAUAAAACUGUUUAAACUCAUGCUGGUUGCUCAACAGAUUAAAACUGUACUUUGUCUCGGCCACAAGAGCACACCUCUUUUGUGUAAAAAAUAAAUGGGGGACAAUUUUAAGCUCAAAAUAUUUCAAUCUUUAAUUUGUAUUGUCUAAUUUUAGUUUUGUCAGGUAGGUAAUUUUUACAAGGUAAGUUUUUACUUCAUGGAGUAUUGUAAUGUAUUCCUGCAAAACCAGUCUCGUCAAACGUCAACAAGAACACACAAAAAACUUUUUAUUUUGACCACCUGGUGAAGAGUGUCGGUUUGGUAUACAAGUAUUAGAUAUUAGGUAAAGACAUCAGCCUACUUAGGGUUAGGUAGAGGCUCUAAUUCUGUUAAAAACAAUUGUCAGUACGCAAGUUAUGGUGAAACUUCAAUAUUGUCAACAUUGAUUUGUCAGAAAUGUAAUUCAGUAUGAAUGAAUGUAUGCAAAUUAAAUGUCAAUUUUGUUUUUAUUAAGCA